GGGCGUUGGAAACAGUUUCAUCUUUCGUCGCACCGUAGCUAAUAUUUGGGUUUUGGUGUACUUGUGAAGUGUUUCCGGUUUACUGACCAUACGCGAUUGUCGACGUUGAUAACGGCCGUGGAGUACAGCUGCAAUAAUGGAAGACCCAAACCGGAUGAUGGGAGGGCACGGUGGCUUAAUGCCAUCUAGCUACGGCAUGUCAGCCAACGAUGGCCAGACAGGCGUCGAUAAUGAUCCACGCAAGCAGGACAUCGGCGAGAUUUUGCAACAGAUCAUGAACAUCACUGACCAGUCUCUGGACGAAGCUCAAGCAAGGAAGCACACACUGAACUGUCAUAGGAUGAAACCAGUUUUAUUUGCAGUACUAUGCGAAAUCAAAGAGAAAACAGUUUUGUCGUUGCGAAAUACCCAAGAAGAAGAGCCUCCAGAUCCCCAGCUGAUGCGCCUGGACAACAUGUUGAUCGCCGAAGGAGUAGCUGGACCGGAAAAAGGCGGUGGUGCAGACUUUUUAUCGCAGUCCGAUCUAACUGGUGGCCAAGACAAUGCUAUCGAACAUUCAGACUACCGGGCAAAGUUGGCACAAAUUCGCCAGAUAUACCAUCAGGAGCUGGAAAAGUACGAACAAGCCUGCAGCGAAUUCACUACACACGUAAUGAAUUUAUUGCGGGAACAAAGCCGUACCAGACCUAUAACGCCAAAAGAAAUCGAACGGAUGGUACAAAUAAUCCAUCGAAAAUUCAGCUCCAUACAGAUGCAGCUCAAGCAAUCUACCUGCGAAGCGGUUAUGAUUCUGCGCUCACGGUUCUUGGAUGCUCGGCGGAAGAGACGUAAUUUCAGCAAGCAGGCUUCUGAAAUCCUGAACGAAUACUUCUAUAGCCACCUAAGCAAUCCUUACCCAUCGGAAGAAGCUAAGGAAGAAUUGGCCCGGAAAUGUGGCAUUACUGUGUCGCAAGUGUCCAACUGGUUCGGCAAUAAGCGCAUUCGUUAUAAGAAAAACAUAGGGAAGGCGCAGGAGGAAGCUAAUCUUUACGCAGCUAAGAAAGCGGCUGGUGCAUCGCCAUACUCAAUGGGUGGACCACCCAGUGGCGCAGCAACACCGAUGAUGUCUCCUGCUCCUGCACAGGAUUCGAUGGGAUACUCUCUUGGUUCGGGAGGAUACGACCAACAACAGCCCUAUGAUGGUAGCAUGGGUUAUGAUCAGCUACAUCAGGAUCUUAGUCCUUGAGGGAAAGAUCCUUAAGAAAUAUGACAAGUGACAAGAAACCACACUGGUACGGAAAUAAUUUUCGAUGAAGGACAUCUUGCGGAUUUGAACUAAACAGCGAACAAGCAAAAUCAUACUUGAAAAACAAAAGUAACAGAAAUUCAAAUUCAUUCAAAACACACGCGUAUGGUAAUACAUGUAGAGACGAUCGUAAGAAGAAGUAAAAAGGUAUGAAUUAUGUGGCAGGUUACUAUAUUUUAAAGAACAAUUAGUAACUCGUAAGAUAGUAGCUAAAUUAAGCCUUGGGUAUUGUAUCGGUAACCAUUAUUCUGUUCUCGAAUAUCAUCUGGAAUGAUAUAAGAAGGAAUGAAUAGCUCCAUUGGCCCGCUGCUUGCUUACUUUCAAACGUGCAUCUUAGUACCUAGUUAUACAUUUUUCUUCUUAUAAAUCUAUUCAACGUAGAUAAAUGGACCGUUGAUGUGAAAACUUUUCAUUCGAGUGUAUUGUAUAAGUAAUCUAUUAAUGCAUCACGUAGAAUAUGACAGUACAUACACUAGCGGUCUAAAGUAUUUGAAAAGCACAGAUAUGUGAUGAAUGAAAAAACUCGUCAAUUGUUUUGAUUGUCUACUCAAUAACAUCUUCCAUUUACAAUUCAUUGUUGUUUAAUUAAAUCUUAGUUUAUGUAAGCUGCGCAUUACUCCGUGUUUCGAAGAAAGGUUUUAACAGGUUUUUUUUUUGGAUUGAAGAAAGGUUUUUUUGUCAAAUGCCGGAUCUUAUUUUUUCGAUCUCUUCGAGAAAAGGAAAAUUAACGAAUGUCAACGAAUUUUAGCAAUGUUGCAGGUUAGUUUGAACAAGUUGUUGAAUUCCGUUUGGGAAGGAUUCGAUUAAAUUAAAUAUUCUAAGAUAAUUUACCGUAUCAAAAACGUGCAAAAACGACAUUGGAGUUUGUGUAACUUGUUUUGUGAGUAUAGUGAAUUUUACUGUACAGUUAAUCGAAUACAUUGGACCGCUAGUAUAUUCUGAAGUUACCCUUUCCUUGGCGCUGUACUGUAGUGACUUUCACAUUAAGCAAUCAACACGAACAUUUGACAUCACAUUUAAACUUUAUUUCAAUUCAACUCAUUUAUUCAACACAAUAAAUACCACGCUAUACGUUGUUUCAAUUAACGUAAUGCGAAAAUUAGUAAAGCUGAAGAUUUUGUACGACAACGACAAAAACUCUGAGGAUUUUUGUAGUUGUUUUUAAAUUCUUUUGAAGAAUUACGAAAAAAUGUUUUGCACAUGUCGAUUUCUGUGUGAAGCGGCAUUCAUCCUUCGUUUCGCUUACCACAUACUGGUGUUUUAUCAUAAAGUCUUUCAAAGCUUGUUCUAAAUAUAUCAUUGAGCAGAUAAAAUAUCUAUUAUUUUCCAUCGAAGUUUAUGGCCUUAUAUUUAACUAUAAUAUUUUUUUUGCUAAUUUUUACAACUCGUUGGUUUCGAGUACAUUUCAGUCAAUAAUAAACCGCAUUUAUUGGUAGAAAGUAACAGAAAAUAUUGGAGAUAGCCGAAAACUGGUUAAAGACGUUUUUGAAGUCUGUAAAAAAACUAACUGUGCUUCUCUUGAAUUCGUACUAUCGCCAUCCUUCAAUUUUUUACAAUUCCGCGACAGUACGAUUUUUUUUUUAUUAUGUCGAAUCUCAUAGUUAAUUUUUUCAUAUCAAACGCCAAUAAUAAACCUCGCGGAAGCCAGGCUAGUAAGCAGCAAUUACAUGCAAAAAUUAAUCGUCGCCUCGAAAACAUUACUCACAAAAAACCUUCCGCAUACAAUGAACGAUCCCCUAAGUUUGUGACCCAGCACAAACGCAUAUAAUAUAUUAGGAUUAAUUUAUAUGCGAUAAAGUGUGAAAGUAUACUGAAUAAACGCUUGGCGAUACUCGUAGAAGCGGAAAUGAUGUAAAUGAAGUUUGCGAAAGGUAACUGUUUGUAAACAAAAUUAGAUUAAAACGGAAGUACCGUAGCGGCAGCACUAUUGAUAGCACUCUCUUUACACUAGACGAUGUUUCGAGGCGCUCCAUAAUCUGCAUUUUAUCGAAGUGAAUGAUGACACAUACAUCUGUCAGCAACAACGAACGAACGUAAAGCUACAGUUUAAAAAUGGUCAAAAACCAUAAGAAAUAAUGUUUUUCGGUUUGAAACAGUGACAAGUUUGAUAUGAUCUGAUUCACAAAAAUACUGCAAUAAAAAUAGUGGCAUUUCUCAAAUCCGAUCACGUACCGAAUGACAAAAACAAACUUCAAAAGAUGUGUACGUGUAUACUAAAAUUACAUGUAUCAAGAUAACAUAAAAAUGUCGGUUAAUCUAUAGUUCGCCACGAAUCGUUUAUUUUUGAAGAAUUUGCCUGCAAAUCCGUAAAAUCCUAUCUAACAAUCAUGUUGCUGCAGCUCGUAAACUAUAUACGUAAUUUAUAUAAAUAAGGUAAGCAAGAGAAACAAACAGUAUAGGUGGUAUAAGCAUAAAAGUAAGCAAUAAUUUGUGAAAUUAAAUGUAAACGAGUAAGCGCUAGUAGAUAACAGAAAACUGGUACAAACAAAAACACAUGAUAGCCAAAGGUAUAAAGAAUAUCAUCAUCUGAUAAACUUUUACCAUCACAAUACAUUUUUCGGGAAGAAUUACUUGCCCGAAAUUGCUUACUUGACACCAUUAUAACUAAAACUAAUUCAUUCAACUUAGGAAAGACGACAUUAAUCAUUUAUCAAAUUAUAACAAAAACAAACAAUGAUCAAUUCGGAAAAGCACAAAAUCAGUCAUUUUACAGUGUCAAAUGAGUGUAUUUCGUUUGGCUAUCAAGAAUGAUAUCGUAAUCACAACAUCACACACAGUUUACAUUUUUCGUUGAGCAAGUGUCGGUUCAUAGUUUUUGGCUCUGUUUCAGAUGUCUUUUAGCACAAAAUUGUCUCACCAUGCAGCCUUAUUGUUUAUAUGGUGACUUUAAAUUUUGAUGUUCCUGUCUUACCAUUUUGAAUUCUGUUUUAUUUUAUUUUCCUAUGCCUUGUGUCUACAGUUCUUAUUAGUACGGUAAUUAUUUUAAUGGUCAUUAAUAGCGGAUGUUAAGUAAAACAAACUUUUCGCCAAUUACCAAGAACGCCUGUAUACCAAUAACGUUUACAUUUGUCUAAAAGUUUGUUAAAAUUGAAUGUACUUAUGCAAACAAACUGAAAUAGAUAUACAUUUCAUGAGAAUGAGUUAUUAGCAGAGGAAAUGCUAUAUCGAACUUUCAUUUUAACAUCAUGCUUAAAUGUUGUGUCCUAUUUAAAAAGUAUAGUUUUCUGUAGAUAAAAAAUCAAAUUCAUCAAAAUUGAAAGUUGGAAAGUAAUUGUGCACCAAGGAAUGUCCCAUCUUCAAACAUCCAAUUCUUAGAACACAAGCAUCUAAAACGAUAAGACAAUAUCAGUACGAGAACGUGUGUAAGUCGCCGAGGUCUCAAAGAGUCAGUCAUCGUAAAAAAUCGCAAAAAUUGCGUACAUUGAAUUGCGUUGAAGAAAUAGGAAAAAUGAACAAAAGAACAAGAGAACCAACAAAUCAUUUGUAUACGAUAUAUAAAGGGAAUUAUUAGAAAACUAUCAAUUAUAUUUAACGUUAAUAAGAAAUUAUAUAACGUUAACUAGAAAACAUUGAAAGAGAGGAAAAUAAAUAAUGAUAACAAAGAAAUGAAUAGACGAAAACAAACGAGAUACUUGACAUUUUAUAGAUAAUUAAUAAGUAAGUAAAUACACAUCAUAGAAGCAAGAACAACUGCAAAAUAGUAUGGCCCUUAAUAAGCUACCUAAAUAAGUUAUGGAUGACCAUCAUCAAAGGUAGCAUACCAUCAACACAUUGUUUGACACGCAAAACACUGAACAAACGAUUGCGGCUAGUUUUCUAGAAUUGUCUCAUUUCGUUUUAGUUUCACAUUUUCAAUUAAUAAUUUUUAAGGGUACUUAACAAGGUUUAUAAAAAUAUUUUUUCAAAUACUUUCUUUUCUUCUCAAACAAACAAUUUCGUGUUUCGCAUUCAAUCAUCAACACAUAGACUAGAGCAAGUCAAAACUCGAUUCUUCAAUCACAAAUUUGUUUUUUUAUGAUUGGUCUUUGCUUUUCUGUUACUGUUUUACUACACUGUUCCUUUUGUUCGUAAAACUUGUUAUGAUUGGUCACCCUCAUUUUCUGGGGAUUCUUUUACUUUACCCGCUGUUUUCUUUUAAAGUAAAUUAAGUAAAUAAAAUUGAAAAACUGAAAUAAUCGCAACACACGAAUUCCGUACAUAAACAUGAAACAAAAAAACAAAAAAACAAAGAUUGAAUUAAAAACAAAAGCAUGUAUACGAAAAUGAUUUAUAAAUCUACCAAUAAAAUUCAAAUUUUAUGUGAACUAAAUGAUAAUGAUAUUUUAUAGGAUUU